UGCAGCCUAGAGUGCAUUACCAUUAUGUGUAAACUCGAAGAUUUUGAACUUGUUUAUUGAAUGUUUAUGCGAGAGGAAAAAUGAGAAAGAUUGCGAUUGUUUUUCCGGAAAGCAAUUAUCUUUAGUUAGACAGAUAUUCAUCAAUAUCCCUUUUAUAUUUCUUUCCCAAAAGCGACGUGAUUUUCGACUGUUACCUGUAUUAAAACUACCAGAGUUAACUCUUAAUCGGUUGCUGAAAGUUAUCUUGCUUUGAUUUAUUUAACAACUUGACAUCUCAUUCUUUAAUUGAAAGAAAUGGAAAUUAGACAUCACUAUGAGUUACGUAGCAAAAAUAAGUCACAUUUGCACAAUCUAAUGAUUUCAAACCAGAAGGAACUAAACUUGGAAAUGAUGGAGCAUUGUUAUGAUAUCAAAAAUAAAAAUUACAAAAGAUUUUGUAAAUCCGGAGAAGUAACAAAUAGCAAGAGGAUUAGAAGAAGCAAUAAAAUACAUAAGAAAAACAUGAAAGUAAUAGAGAGUAAUAAGGAAAGAUCCAUGACAGGUGAUAUAAUGGAUGAACAGAACACAAAGUCAGUAAGUUAAUUAAUAUUCAAAAAACACACCGCAAAGAUCAAAAUGCUAAAGAAUCAGACAAAUAUUUGUUAAUAGCCAGAGUAAAAAUAAGAAGAAUAUAUUGGAUUGAAAGGUUGAACAAAAGCACAAAAAUAUAAUACCAUGCAGAAUACUUGUCAACAAUUGUUUAUUCAAAGAGGAAAAGAAAAAAGAUUCUUGGAAUAAAUCAGAAUCUAUUUAUGAAACCUAUAAGCAAACUAAUAAGCCAUGGAAUGUUUAUGCAAAGACAGACUAUACAUAUUCCCAAGCUUCACAAUGUUGUUAUGAAACAGCUCCGAGUGUGCUAGCAAGGCCUAACAUUUCAAAGCAGUUUAUACACAAGGACAACAAUGAAAACAAUUUUGAAUUAUCAAAGGUGAAUUAUCAAAAUCAGACUUUGCAAGAAACAACUGUUCUCUCGGAAACUUCUCAAGUUCAUUCGAAUAUUUCUGAAGAUAUUUCGUGUAUGUAUAUGUUAGAUUCAACUAGAUCAGUUUUAAGCAAAAACAUGCAUGGAAAACAAUCUUCAUAUGUAAGACCAGGUUAUGCAAAUUCUAAACAUUUCUCAAAUCUUCCACAAAGUGGCAGAAGAUGGUUACAGGGAAGUAUAUGGAUGUGGAGCCUAUUUCUAUUUUUAUUCUUGUUUGGUUGUUGGUAUAUGACAAGAUAUUCAUUAUUAUCUGCUGUUUAUGGUGUGUCAAAAACUGUGACAGGUGGAUUUCUAUCUGUUAUAAAAGUAGACAACAAUGAAAGUAAAAUAGCUAAAGAGAAAUCAAAUAAUAAUGAUAUUUUACUCAAUAGAAUAAUGAUAUUUGAAAAGGAACAGAUAUAUCAAAAGGAAUAUCUCAUGAAUAUUACCUUCAUUUUGGAUGAUUAUCAAAAAAGGCAAAUGGAUUUUCAGAAAGAAUGCAAUGAUAAAAACGCUGACAAAAUAAAUAAAAUAAAUGAACUGAGAAGCUUAGUGAACAAUGAACUCAAAGUGAUUAAACAUGAAUUAAAAAAGCUACAGAAUCUUUCCACAGAAUUGCAAUCUCUUAUAAUCAAUUAUACCAAGACACAAGUGGAGGAGAUCUUAUCUGACUUAUCUUAUUUCCCGCCAAAAAUUUUAAAAAAAGAUCUGAUGGAAAAUAAUUUCGUAUCUGAUAGUGACAAAGAUGUGGCAGUCUUAGAUGAUAAUGUCAGCGAUUCCAAUGUUCUUAUCACAGAGGAAUACGUCCGCAGAAUAGUGAAGGAGAUCCUACAGAUAUACGAUGCGGACAAGACGGGUCAAGUAGAUUAUGCUUUGGAGUCAGCAGGAGGUGAAAUUAUUAGUACACGGGAUACUCAAGAAUAUAACAUCAAAUCGCGUGCCAUCAACAUUUUCGGUUUCUUGUUGUAUUAUCAGAGCUAUAACAAUGAUCCACGGAUUGUGAUACAAAAGAAUUCGAUCCAUCCUGGCUCUUGCUGGGCAUUUCAGAAUUUCCCCGGAUAUCUCCUGAUACGAUUACGAAGCGCCAUUUACGUAACCGGUUUUACUCUGGAGCACGUUUCCAGAUUGAUCGUACCGGCUGGGAAUAUGUCGAGCGCACCCAAAAAUUUCAACGUGUGGGGUCUAACAGAUGAGAAUGAUCCGAAACCUGUGAUGUUUGGUGACUAUGAAUUCACAUAUUUUGAAUAUAAUUUACAAUAUUUUCCAAUACAGAACACAGGGAUCGAGAGGUCCUAUGAAUAUAUUGAAUUAAGGAUACAGAGUAACCACGGGCAACUGGAUUACACGUGUUUGUACAAAUUCCGCAUUCAUGGAAGACGUACUUAGAAGUAUCGAUUUGAUAAUGUGCUCAAGUUCCUCUUUAAAUAAAAAAAAUAAUAUACAAUCACGCGCGAUUAACAAGAGUCAUAUGUGCUCGUUGUUAUUAUUAUUCAAUAUUUUAAAUUGGACAGUCGAUGUCAUUUAUUUUUAACAUUCGUGUAUUAUUUAAAAAGAAUGGCAUUUGUAAUGUAAAACAAAUUAUAGAUAAGAGAAGCAAUA